AUGAUUUCAAAUCCAAGGGCAGGGCGGCGACUCGGAGAAAAGCAGCGGCUCACAGCCUGGCGUGGCCCCCGGGCGAGAGCCGGGCGCGGGGGGGUCGGGGAGAUCUGGGCCUCCGCCCCCUCGGCGGACCGGGCGCAGCACGUGCCGGCCCCGGGGGUCGGGCGGACGCGGGGGGACGCGCUCCCGGCCGAGGCCCCGGAGCUCCGGCGUCGGCGGCCGGACACAAAGGAGCGGCCCGCGCCGGGCGCCGCGGAAUAUAAAUUAAUAAAUACAACGUCCCAGCUCGAGAGCUCCCGGCCGCCAAUCCGCCUGCAGCAAGUUUGUUCAACUCGCAGGGCCGGUCCGGCAGGCCCGGCUGUGCUGCUGGAAACACAGGACGCGCUGCACGUGGCGCUGGAGCUGGUCAUCGCCGCUCUGUCGCUGGCAGGCAAUGUGCUGGUGUUGGCCGCGGUGGGCACGGCGAGCUCGCUGCAGACGCCCACCAACUACUUCCUGGUGUCCCUGGCUGCGGCCUCGGCCGUGGGGCUCUUCGCUAUCCCCUUUGCUAUCACCGUCAGCCUGGGCUUCUGCACUGACUCCUGUGGCUGCCUCUUCCUCAAGCAGAGCUCCAUCUUCAGUCUCCUGUCCGUGGCAGUCGACAGGGACCUGGCCGUCUGUGUCCCGCUCAGGUAUAAAAGUUUGGUCACUGGGACCCGAGCAAGAGGGGUCAUUGCUGUCCUCUGGGUCCUUGCCUUUGGCAUCGGAUUGACACCAUUCCUGGGGUGGAACAGUAAAGACAGUGCCACCAGCAACUGCCCAGAGCCCUGGGAUGGAACCAUGAAUGAAAGCUGCUGCCUUGUGAAGUGUCUCUUUGAGAAUGUGGUCCCCAUGAGCUACAUGAUGUAUUUCAAUUUCUUUGGGUGUGUUCUGCUCCCUCCCCUUAUAAUGCUGGUGAUCUACAUCAAGAUCUUCAUGGUGGCCUGCAGGCAGCUUCAGCGCACUGAGCUGAUGGACCACUCGAGGACUACCCUCCAGUGGGAGACCCACGCGGCCAAAUCCCUAGCCAUGAUUGUGGGGAUUUUUGCCCUGUGCUGGCUACCAGUGCAUGCCGUUAACUGUCUCACUCUUUUCCAGCCAGCUCAGGGUAAAAAUAAGCCCAAGUGGGCAAUGAAUAUGGCCAUUCUUCUGUCACAUGCCAAUUCGGUUGUCAAUCCUAUUGUCUGUGCUUACGGGAACCGAGACUUCCGCUAUACUUUUCACAAAAUUAUCUCCAGGUAUCUUCUCUGCCAAAUAGAUGUCAAGAGUGGGAAUGGUCAGAUGGGACAGCCUGCUCUCGGUGUGGGCCUGUGAUCUAGGCUCUGGCCUCUUCAAGGAGAAGAUACAAAUCCACAAUAAACAGAGGACAUGGCUGGAGGAGUCUUACUGUGAAAGAUAGCUACACCUCACAAG